CGCUAGAGAAUCCAGUCCUCGAUAAAUUCGCGUUAGAAGUUUACUGACUCACUAACAGCUGAUCGUUGGUUACGUUAAUGACAGUAGCUUUGUUCUUACUACUUGAAUUUAAACAAAGGUGAAUGGUGGUUUGAUUAUUGUUUUUGUUGGAAUACAGACGGACUUAUGAGAUGUUCACCAAAUGAUGUAAGAUCAGAAAACCCAGCUCCAUAGAUCUAUGACAAAAAGAAGGAAAAAACAUGGCGGCAGUUCCAAAAUCAGCAAAUGUUCACUUAGACUUACCCAGUGAGGAAGUUUCUGGAAGUGUUUCUUACAGUUCUAAGGGAAUAUGCUCCCCGCCAGGGAAGGAAUUCGAAUCUCUCAACAAUGCUUCUGCUUUGAGUGGUUCUCAAAUAAACCUGUGCAAUGGCUCCUCUUCUCCCACCAUCACCAGCUCCAUUGCUUUACGAAAAGUUCCAAACAGCAGUCCCAAUGGCAAAAGGCCCAUGAUAUCUCUCACUCACCUACCAAAAAGGAUUCCGGUGAACGUCCAGUUCAACGAUCUCUCCUAUUCCGUAUCAGAGGGCAGAAAAAGAGGUUACAAAACAAUUUUGAAAUGUGUCAAUGGCAAAUUCAAAUCGGGAGAGUUGACGGGCAUAAUGGGGCCAUCGGGAGCCGGAAAAAGCACACUUAUGAAUAUAUUGGCUGGAUACAAGACAUCUAACUUGAGUGGUAGUGUCUUAAUUAAUGGCAAAGAACGCAAUCUGAGGAGAUUUCGAAAAUUAUCAUGCUACAUCAUGCAGGACGACUGUCUCUCCCCGAACCUCACAGCAAAGGAAGCAAUGUGGAUAUCAGCGAAUCUCAAGCUAGGCAAAGGAAUCACUCGGUCGGAAAAAAAAGUAGUAAUAAAUGAAAUCAUGGAUACUCUAGGACUUGUGGACUGUAAAGACACGAAUUCAGAAAGUUUGUCAGGGGGGCAGAGAAAACGGCUAUCGAUCGCUUUGGAGCUUGUGAAUAACCCUCCGGUGAUGUUUUUUGAUGAACCUACCAGCGGUUUGGAUAGUUCUUCGUGUUUUCAGUGUUUGUGUCUGUUGAAAUCAUUAGCGGCCGGUGGAAGGACGAUAAUCUGUACGAUACACCAGCCCUCCGCUCGACUUUUUGAAAUGUUUGACCUCCUCUACAUGUUAGCUGAGGGUCAGUGUAUUUACAGAGGUCCAGUGACAAAUCUAGUACCUUUUUUGUCCACCAUGGGGCUCGUCUGCCCGAGUUACCACAAUCCAGCUGACUACGUGAUGGAAGUGGCAUGUGGAGAACACGGAGACUACGUACAAAAAUUGGUAGUUGCAGUAAACGCAGGACGAUGUGAUGUUCAUUCAUCACCAGAUCCUAGCAAAUCCAGCAAACGUGCUUCUAAUGACAUCACGAAGGAAGGUGGCUUUUUCACAAACGGUGGUGGAGACACACUAUCUUUGCCGAAUGGCUCAGCAAAAACCCCAACCACCCCUGCCACUUGCACAACAUCGCUAUUGGAUUCGUCGGAAAAAAUUUCGAUGCCUGAAAAAAAUGGAUUUCCCACCACUGGCUUUCAGCAGUUUAUUAUUUUGCUCAAAAGGAGCAUGUACACGAUUCUUGUCGACAAGACUUUAACCAGGAUGAGAUUAGCUUCACAUCUAGUGAUAGGAUGUUUGAUAGGACUGAUUUAUUACGAUAUUGGCCAUGAUGCUUCCAAAGUGCUAAGUAAUGCUGGCUGUUUAUUCUUUUGCGUUAUGUUCAUGAUGUUUUCUUCGAUGAUGCCGACAAUUCUAACAUUUCCUCUUGAAAUGUCGGUGUUUGUCAGAGAACAUUUAAAUUAUUGGUACUCGCUGAAAGCAUAUUAUUUGGCUAAAACUUUAGCUGAUAUACCAUUUACGCUAGCUUUAACGACUAGCUACAUAAUUGGGGUAUAUUUCAUAACUUCACAGCCUUUAGAAGCAACCAGGUUCGGGAUGGUUUUAGGAGUUUCUGUUCUGAUAGCACUGGUUUCUCAAAGUUAUGGCUUACUUGUAGGCGCUGCUUUCAAAAUCGAGGGAGGGGUGUUCCUAGGACCAAUCACCACCAUACCUAUGGUUCUCUUCUCAGGAUUUUUUGCAAAACUGGAUGACAUCCCAUAUUACCUAAAAUGGCUACCGUAUAUGAGUUACCUAAGAUAUGGGUUUGAAGGAAGUAUGAUCGCUAUUUACGGUUUAGGAAGACCAAAAUUGGAAUGCAAUGCUGAAUAUUGCCCUUUCAAAUAUCCGAAGACUUUCUUAAGCCACAUGGCUAUGAAAGACGAUAUGAGAACAUAUUUGAUAGAUAUAGGAAUACUGAUAUCUAUUUUUGUGAUACUGAGAAUAUGCAUUUAUUUCGUUCUUAGAAUUAAGUUACUUCAGAUCCGGUGAGAAGUGGAAAACUAGUGUGUUGAAUUUUUUUGAGGGAUGUUGAGUCAUUCGCAAAAAGUCAUCUUGCUCGUACCGAAGUCUUAUAUCAGGGUAUUGGUGUUCAGUUCAGUAGGUACAGAUACGGAACACUAUUAUGUAUAAUUAUAAAUACAUAAUUUCUAAGUAUCGGUUUCAGUUCGAAAAAAUUGAAAUCUUCGAUUUCGUAGACCUUUUUUCUUUCUAUUACUAUCCACUCCCGUGGAUAGUCUCACUCAUAUUGGUCCGACCUACCUCUAUUAUAAUGAAUCGAUAACUAAAAGUGUAUAUGAACUAGUAUGUGCUUUAGAAGAAGUAGUAAGUAUAUAGAAUAUUAUCGACAAUAUUUGGAGCGUGCUCUCUCACCGCGUUCUACGACUAUUUUGCCUGAGCACUAUCCAUUGACAUUACAAGAAAGUUUACUCCUACUAUUUUAUAUUUCAUAGAACUCUACAAUAAUUAUUUCAAUUUAUACUUUUCCUGAAUAUGCGUAUGGUUCGAUAAGUGAAAAACUACACAGCAAGCUUAAACGAUACUUAAUGAAUAGAAUUGAAAUUUGACAUUUUGUGAAUAAAACAUUAUGUCCCGGUGCUCCACCGAGACAAGAAUAUCUUCUAAGUGUUUCAAUCCACACAUUUCGAAGAGGAUGAAAGAAAUAUCAACCAAUCUCUUCAUUGUUAGAUUUUCACUAAA